AUGAAUCCACUCAAUGAUCAUUAAUAGACAUCUCCCAGAUCUCCUCUACAUGCGAGUAAUGUAAAUUCAUGGUUUAAGAGUAGGUAUGAAAUACCUUAAAAAAGGCAUUGUAACAAAGUGAAAAAGUCAUACCUCCUAUUUCCUGAAUAAAUUAAGCAGGAGCAAGAGAUUCAGAAGAUAUUUUAAAAUUUCGAUCGAGACAAUUCAAGUAUUGUGCAAUUAGUAAAAUUAAGAUAACCUUGACAUCGCUGAAAUGUAUGAUAUGUUUUAAAAAUAUGGAUUUAAAGUUACAGAAUAAUAACUUCAACAUUUCUUUAAAUUGGUAGACAAAGACAAAGACAGUAUCAUUAUUAUAUGACUUAAUAGAUGCAUUGAAUUGGAAUGAAUUCAAGAAUUCCGUAUUUGAUGAAUAAGCAUCCAAAUGUAAGGAAAUCUAAUCUAUUUAGUGUUUUAUAAUAUCAUCAAACAAAUUAGAGAAUAGGAUUAAAAGGAAUCUUAAAGUAAUUAUGGUUAUAUUCCAUUUCAUUUUAAUGAAAUGAUUAGUUAUUUAAAUUAUCUAAUUAGUAGAGAUGAAUUACAAAAAUCCAUCUAGGUAUUAAUAAGAUUAUCUAAUAGGAAGCUUCAUAAACAACAUUUGAAAAAUUCCAAAAAUAUUUGACCUUGCUUGAGUUAAAUUAAAUUUAGAUGCAAAAUUUUAACAAUCAAACUUAAACAAAUAUCAAUUCAUAAGAAAAGUAAAAUGAUGCCAAAAAAGAAAUUGAUUUCACUAAAACCUAUCUAAAUAAAUAUAAAUCCUCCAAAAGCUCAUGUAAAUUUUAUAAUUUAAUCCCAAGACCUGAAUGGCAAGGAUUUACCUCAAUUAUAAAAAUUGAAAUCGGAGAAAAAGAGCCCAACACAUACUUUGUUAUAGUUAAAUAAAAGUAUAGAAAGUUCUAAAAUAAAUCUUCAAAACUCAAUCAGUUUUCAACCAACCUUUAAAAUAGAUAAAUGUUCAAGCUAGUUAAAUUCUGAUUUAAAAAGUUUAUACAAUACGAAAUCCUAACAAUUAAAAUUAAAUUAAUCUCCUUCCAAUCGGAAGAAUUUUAUUCACAAACCUUAUUUAAAUUUGAAUUUAAAUAAAAUUAAUCAAAAUUAUAGGGAAUAAUUGUUUAGCUAAUAAUAGAUGAAUGAUAAAAAGAAAUAUGGAAAUAGUCAUGAUAGACUUCCAAUUUCGAUUAUACAAGAAUUAUAAAAAUUCAAACUAUUGUCUGGAUAAUAUAAAAAAAGAUCUUAGAGCAUAGAAAAAAAUUCACCUGAAUGUGAAACCAGAUGUAAUAAUCUUAAAUCUGAAUAUUCUAUAUUUAGAACAUCAACGGAAGUACUAAGUUAGAGCAAAUAAGUUUCACCAACAAAUAGUAAAUUAUGUACUCCAAGGUUAUGGAAGGACGAGAAAUAAUUAAGCAGAAGAAAGUCUCCAUUUUAGCAAGCCUUAAUUAAUCUUUCCCAAUAGAAUCAAAAGGAAAGAAGAUUAGACAUAACUCUAAAAGGGAGGUCCAUCUUGUAUAAGUGA